CUGCUCUCUUCCCCCCGCCCUCCCCAAUUUCCAUCCCCCCCCCUCUUCGCCUGCCGCCGUCGGGUCCGCGGCCUGCGCUUGAGCGGUCCGCGGCGUUCCUUAGGAGCAGCAGCUCCCCUCCCCCACCCCGCCCCGGUUCCCGUCCCGCAGCCGAGGUGAAGAUGAGUAGCUCCGAAGAGGUGUCCUGGAUUUCCUGGUUCUGUGGACUCCGUGGCAAUGAAUUCUUCUGUGAGGUGGAUGAAGACUACAUCCAAGAUAAAUUUAAUCUUACGGGGCUUAAUGAGCAGGUGCCUCACUACCGGCAAGCUCUAGACAUGAUCUUGGACCUGGAGCCUGAUGAAGAGCUGGAAGACAACCCUAACCAGAGCGACCUGAUCGAGCAGGCAGCUGAAAUGCUUUAUGGAUUGAUCCACGCUCGCUACAUCCUCACUAACCGUGGCAUCGCCCAGAUGUUGGAAAAGUACCAGCAGGGAGACUUCGGCUACUGUCCCCGUGUGUACUGUGAGAACCAGCCAAUGCUUCCCAUCGGCCUUUCGGACAUCCCAGGCGAGGCCAUGGUGAAGCUCUACUGCCCCAAGUGCAUGGAUGUGUACACACCCAAGUCAUCAAGGCACCACCACACAGAUGGCGCCUACUUUGGCACCGGUUUCCCCCACAUGCUCUUCAUGGUGCAUCCCGAGUACCGGCCCAAGCGACCUGCCAACCAGUUUGUGCCCAGGCUCUACGGUUUCAAGAUCCAUCCGAUGGCUUACCAGCUGCAGCUGCAGGCUGCCAGCAACUUCAAGAGCCCAGUCAAGACGAUUCGCUGAGUCCUGCCCUCACUCUGAUGCCACUGUUCCUUUGCUGCCACCCUUUGGGGACCCCUCUCUGGUUUUUAGUUUAAAUUAAAGGAGUCAUUAUUGUGGUAGGAGUAUGAAAUAAAAUGGAAGAAAAGGCCACGA